AGGAGAAUGUGGCUGCUGCUGUUGCUGCUUUUGCUGCCGGGGUCUGAUGCAAGAAAUCGGAUUAGAACAGAAUCAAACCACGCCUCCCUGCCCUCCCAUUGCUUUGGUAAGAGUUAAAAGAUGAACAGCGAGCGAGAGAAACCCUCCACUUUCGUUGGCCCUUGCCCUCGCCUUCAAUGGCGCUGGCCUCGGAAAGCUAAUCUGGACACCGGGAUGACUGAGGGGGCAGGUGCACUGCAGCGACCGAGAGAAUACAAGGGCUCCAGUUGUUCAUGGAACCCAGAGAUGAUUGAAAUCAAAUCUGAUCCCAAAGCCUCGAUCCUGAACACCUUGCUGCCCGGGGAUGGGUCAGCCAGGAGACAGCAACCGCAGCCCCUCCCUCAUUCUCUCUUCCACGUCAAGCCCACCAUCGCCAUCCGCAUGAGAAAAGACAAAAUAUUACUGCAAAUUAUUGAAAAUGAACCGAGAGAGAUAGACAGUCAGUGAUUGACCGACUGACAUGACUGCGUUCUCGUAUUCAUAGACUCGCCGCGAAAGCCCGUCAUGAUCAGAAAGCCUACCCCCCAGCCUAGAGCUCUGUAUUAUUAUGUGUGCUUGUCAGCUUCAGAUUUUGGAUGCAAGCAGCAGCCAAACAGACCCUGUGCAGGGAAGCAAGAGGGCGAGCUGUGAAGGACCGAAAAGGUGAAGAUUGCAGUUCGUAGAAUCAGGUGCAGCUGCAUGAAAGGCACGUGGAGCAUUAGAUGUUUCGAAACAGUAGCCAGCGAGGUGACGCCAUCCCGUGUUGCACUGAACAAUCCUUCUUGGUAGGCCAGGCAGCAAGGUCUUCGUGAUUCAAGCUUGAGCCAAAGCCUAAGCUCGAGCCACGGACUCGAGGUUUUUUUCCUUUCGUUCGCUUUUGACCCGGCAAUAGCAGCGGCAGCAACAGCAACAGCAGCAGCUGCGAAACAUGGAGGUGUUGAUUUCAAGCUCUCCACUCCAUUUCGCUGAUCUGGAGCCCAUAAGGCCCCACCGGAUCCCAGCAUUUCUUCGCCUGUAUGAUCUGCAGCUCGUCCCUGUUUGCCAAAUGACUAACACAUUCCAAGUGCCUUCACAUGCCAUGCUGCUGGAAAGCGUUUCGCAAAGAGAACACACUCCCUCACAUCCACACUCACACUUACAGCCCGCAAGGCCCCACCCAGCCUCACUUCUGUCAUUCCUUACUUGCUUACUCGUUUGUUGCAAGCUUCUUUUCUUUCAAUGCUUCCGUCCUCCCUCCUUGGCCUUGACGACUCCCAUGGUGUCAUGCACUCUGGCUAAGAUAGAGACACAAUGUGCGUUUUUUCAAGAGCAUUCUAGUACUGUACAGCGCACACCACAGUCCGCCACCCACUGCAGCACUGGCUAGCGGGUCUUGUGGGGUAAAGGAAAUCAUUCAUUCGCCCAUGCAUGCUCUCAACUCAUCACUCACUCUUGUGGGCCGAUAACGGAUAUCUUACUCCCUCCCCUCCCUCCUCUCCCCUCCUUCCUUCCUUCCCCUCCUUCAUUCCUUGGGCCCAGAAGCCAACCGACUGACCGACCCCUCCAUUCUCCUGCCCACUCUCCUGCCCACGAAGCAUCGCCCCAUGUGCUACUUCCGUCCCAUCUACCCAGCGUUCCGAAUGCAGCGAGCAUCGGCUCUGCUGCUGUUUUCACUCGCUGCUCACUAGUAACUAGUUCACAGUCGUUGGCGCUACUUUCUCGUCUUUACUUGGCGGAGUGGACAUGCCGUCCCACUGUGGGGCCGGUCGGACACCCCUGAGUGACACCCCCGAGUUCGAGGGCCUUAUGAGCUCGGGACGAAUCAGGUGGUAACUCUGUUGAGGUACGAUGGCCUUAAUGCGGCUGGGGAUCACCCCACUUUGGUAGUGAUCGUGUGGAAGGUCUGGAAAGGUUGAGACGUGGAACGGGAUGGAGUUCAGAGCAUGCCUCCUUUAAAGUGAGCAUAUGUAAGAUUCAUAUCUACAAGGCAGAAAGGCCACACCAUGUUAGUGUUUGGCUGCCUUGGGAGGACUCCUUUCGCACGGCAUUUAUCCGGUACCCGGGCAACUUGACGAUUCCUGCUUGCAACGCACUUCGAAUUUCUUAUGUACAUUCCACGCUGCAAUUUACCAAGACAGUGGAAACUUUAACAAAGUUUACUCCUACUUAGUGAUGGUGUGUUCACCAUUACACUUCAUGUAAGCUACGAGAUGACUCGGUUUGCCGACAAUGUUGUCCAGAAGUGAAGAACUUUUCGUACUUGAACAUGGAAUGUUGGGGCCGAAGAGGGAAGUAAGUAGGAUACUGCUAGUUCUCCACACUGCUGUGCACAGUACCCCAUGUAUACACAG